CAAAUCAGCUUGGUGUCACAUGUUGUCUGUGUACCUGACUGUCAAUUAGGAGUAAAGGACUAACUGUUUUCUUUCAUAAAGCAGUUUCAAAUAGACUCAUCCUAUGAGAGGAUGGCCCCGCCCCUGGCAAGAUCUGCUCCAGGUGAACUCAACCAUUGGUGGAGCCAGCUCAGGUUCCGCCUCCAGAACAGGAAGGGGUGGAACGAGAUGCUUGAUGAAACAUUUUUGCUGCAGAACAAAAGGACAAAUGACAUCCCUCUCUUCUUUGCGGCCAAAGAGAACAGUGCAGGUUGCAUUAAGAAACUUCUGGACUGUGCAUCCACUAACAUAUUUGAGAGAGGUGCUCUGGGGGAGACAGCGCUGCAUGUGGCAGUUCUGAAUGAUAACAUGGAUGCUGCCAUAGCUCUGAUGGACGGAGCACCUGAACUCAUCAAUGAGCCCAUGACCUCUGACCUCUUCCUUGGCAUGACACCUCUCCACAUUGCUGUGGUGAAUCAGAACUUUAACCUGGUCCGCAGUCUGAUUGGUAAAGGGGCGGAUGUGGCCACGCCCAGAGUCACAGGCCUGUACUUCAGGAAGAGAAGAGGAGGGCUGCUCUACUAUGGUGAGCACAUCCUGGCAUUUGCGGCCUGUGUGGGGAAUCAGGACAUCAUCUCCAUGGUGAUCAACGCAGGAGCCAGCACCAGGGCCCAGGACUCCAUUGGUAACACAGUGCUCCAUAUUCUGGUACUGCAGCCCAAUAAGACUUUAGCAUGCCUGGCGUUGGAUCUGCUGUUGGCAUGUGACGUUGAGCUGGACCAGACUGUGCCACUGGACAUGGUGCCCAACUAUCGUGGCUUAACGCCCUUCAAACUGGCUGCCAAGGAGGGCAACCUUGUGGCAUUCCAGCACCUGGUCAACCGGAGGCGAGUCGUCCAGUGGAACCUGGGACCACUGACCUCUAACCUCUAUGACCUCUCAGAGAUCGACUCCUUGGUCGCCGACGACGACCUCUCUGUGCUGGAGCUCAUCGUGGGCAGCCAGAGGAGAGAGGCAAGAAGGAUACUGGAAGUGACUCCUGUUCGGCAAUUGGUCAGUCUCAAGUGGAACCUCUAUGGAAAACACUACUUUAGAUUGUUGCUGCUGCUGUACCUCCUGUACAUUGGGACCUUCACACUGUGUUGUGUGUAUCGCCCCCUAAAGGACGCUCCAGAGAAUUACACUGUAUCUGACAUGGACAAAACCAUCCGUGUGCAGAAAACUCUGAAGGAGAGUUAUGUGACCUAUGGGGACAACUUGCGUCUGGCAGGAGAGAUGAUCAGUGUCCUGGGUGCCCUGGUUAUUCUGCUACUGGAGAUCCCAGAUAUGCUGAGAGUGGGGGCCAAGCAGUACUUUGGGCAGACGGCCCUGGGGGGACCCUUCCAUGUCAUUCUUAUUGCCUAUGCGUUCCUGGUGGUGCUGCUGUGUGUGUUCAGGGUCAGUGGGGUGCAGGGGGAGGCAGUUGUCAUGGCUGUGUGUCUGGUGCUGGGCUGGAGCAACGUCAUGUUCUUCGCCCGGGGCUUUCAGAUGCUGGGGCCUUACGUCAUCAUGAUACAGAAGAUUAUAUUUGGAGACCUGACCAAGUUCAUGUGGCUGAGCUUCAUCGUGCUCAUGGGGUUUUCCACCUCCCUGUGGAUGGUGUACAUGACUCAGGACCCAGACUCUCUACCUGCGUACCGCUCCUUCCCCAUCACUCUGUUCUCCCAGUUUGAGCUGAGUGUGGGUCUGAUAGACCUGCCAGUGGACCACACCAUCACAACGCCCCCUAUUGUCCAUGUGCUGCACUGCACCUUCUCUGUGGUCUCCUACAUACUGCUGCUCAACCUGCUCAUAGCCAUGAUGAGUGAUACACACUGGAGAGUUGCCCAGGAGAGGGACGAGCUCUGGAGGACACAGGUGGUGGCCACUACCCUGAUGUUGGAGAGGAGGUUGCCCCGCUGCCUGUGGCCCCGGCUGGGGGUGUGUGGACUGCUCUACGGCCUGGGGGAGCGGUGGUACCUCCGGGUUGAGGAUCGCAACGACCCACUGGUGCAAAAGAUGCGUCGCUACAUCCAAGCCUUCUCUAAGGAUGAGGACCAGAGGAAGGAGCGGGAGGAGAUGGAGAACACUGACAUGUCAAAAGGACCUGGAAGCCCUCUGAUCAGACCCAAACACAGGGGUGGGAUAGAUGGAAACAGGAAGUCCCUGGCAUGCUGGCAGAUGAUUCGCCACAGCGCUCUGGGUUUAGAUGUGGAACAGGAAGAGCCUGAGGAUGACCAGGAAGUAAGAUACGUCUGAGGGAUAAGACAGCAAAACAGAUCAUUAUAUUGUUAUUAUAUAACAUAUGUGUGAUGCAAUUAUGUAUGUAUGCAGUAUUAUUUGUCGAAAACAAAUGAUUGCAUUGUAGUAGCUAGUGUAUAUGGGCAAGACUGGGUUGAAAUGUAGACUCGAUUCAUUUUCAGUCUUUUUGGACCAUGUAUGUCACUUUACCAUUCCAAGUAAAGCACAUCAAUAUUUUUUUAUUAAAGAUUUUACAAGACAGUAUAUUAAACUUUACUUUUCACUGGAACCUUUUUUUUCAGGAUUGUAAAUCCAAACAGAAAACCAAAUGAUUGGUUAAUGCACAUAAUAAUGUAGAUCAUUAUUACAUUCAAAGUCAUUUAAAAAAUAUCUCACCAAAACAAGCAAAUAAGUGCAAGAUAUUAUUAAUCUUUUACAUUAGUGCAGAUUCUAACUGAAACUGGCAGGCUGACUUGAUUGUUCUUCACAAGGCAUAACUAACUGUAAUGUGAUUUUAUUUACCAUCAUUGGUUAUACCUGGAUGUCUAAUGAAUUAUAACAUAGAAUUAGGUCAUACAGUGUAUAAUAAUGGUUUAAAAGGCUAUUGAUAGAGAUGUGUAAUCGUGGUUUAAAAAGGCUAUUGACAGAGAUGUGUAAUCGUGGUUUAAAAAUGCUAUUGAUAGAGAUAUGUAAUCAUGAUUUAAAAAUGCUAUUGAUAGAGAUAUGUAAUCAUGAUUUAAAAAGGAUAUUGAUAGAGAUAUGUAAUCAUAGUUUAAGGGGCUCUUUUCCAAGUUUAAAAUGAUAAACAUUCAACAUUGGCCAUGCUGUCAAUGAAGCCUGAUUUCAAUUGAUUAACAACUGUUAACUCGGAGGCAGGAAUAAAUGAGCUCUGAUUGGGAAAAUGUGUUUUGAACGGUCAUCCAACUUGGAUUGUAAAUUCGGCCUAUUUCUAGAGCUACGGCCUGAAGAUCAAUGACGCCACCAUGAUUCAACCUUGUUUUUUUCAAAGUUCCCAGUUGUUUUGAAAGCACCAUAAAUCCAGAAAACUUUGAUGACAAAAUUUGCCAACAAAGGACCGCCGCGCCACCUUCCUGUUCAAGUGAGCACAGCACACCAAGUUGAGUUCAAGAAUGUAUUGUAAGCUGCUGCAUAAAUUAUGUAAUAUGCCAGGGAGAUAUGUAUAAUGUAGCUAAGAAAGUAAUACUAAGUGUAUGUUGUGUAGUAAGAUGUUAGUAGUCCAUGUGCCUCACCCUAAUAAUUUGGUCUAUUUACCCCUCUUAAUUUCACCUGCUGUUCUGACUUGGUGGUGCACAUGAAGCCUGUAACCUGUUUUAUAGAAAUGUAAUCAUUGAAGAUUAUUGUCUGCUUAUAUGCCCCCUGUAUUUAUCCUACGCUUCUGACUUGGUGUACAGGUCGAACACUAUCCAGACGGCCCACGUUCUGAAUUCUGUCACUGUAUAUUUCAAAAGUACUAAACAAAUAGUUAUGACUACAUACGUCCUAGCUCACUCAUUAAUCUCUUAAUAGAAAUUACGUAUUGCCUCUUAUCCGCUUGUCAUCCUCUUAUGCCAUAGUUUGUACUGUACAUCUCAAUUGUCAUUAGAAACAACAUUUGUUUAAGCAAGUCAGCCAUAUCAGCUGUUUUUUUAAAGGCAGUAAAUGAGGCUGAAUGAACUGUUUUGCUGCCAGACAUCAGCUCCGCUGAUAGCCAGGUGAAGCAGUGGUAAGAUGUUGGGUCUCUGCUGUUGGAACAGCUUUAUGUAGGCCCUAACAGUUUUUGGGCACCGUUUGUCAUAGUUAUAGUGCAAGUAAUGUAUUGUUUAGUGUUGUGUUGUGGCUUUGCUGGCAUGCAUCCCACUUUAAAGUUGUUUUAUCCCACCAAGAUUUACAUGCUAAAAUCACCACUGCAAUAUCUCAGUCCAUGCAAGUCUUGCUGGCUUUGUCUCAUGGCCAUCUUUGUUCCAUUCUAUUCAAUCAGCGCGACUCUUCUGCAUUGUAACCAGUAGUGGGAAAAGUACCAAAUCGUCAUACAGGAGUAAAAGUCAAGAUACAAUAAUAGAAAAUGACUCAAGUAAAAGUGAAAGCCACCCAGUAAAAUACUAUUUGAGAAAAAGUCGACAAGUAUUUUGUUUUAAAUACACUUAAGUAUCAAAAGUAAAAGUAUAAAUAAUUUCAAAUUCCUUAUAUUAAGCAAACCUAUCACAUUCUGACCUUAGGUCCUUUGUUUUGUCUUUGUUUUAGUUUGUUCAGGGCGUGAGUUGGGGUGGGUUGUCUAGGUGAUUUUUUCUAUGAUUUGGUAUUUCAGUGUUUGGCCUGGUAUGGUUCUCAAUCAGAGGCAGCUGUUAAUCGUUGUCCCUGAUUGAGAACUAUACUUAGGCAGGCUGUUUUCCCCCUUGAGUUGUGGGUGAUUAUUUUCUGUUCAGUGUUUUUUCAGCACCACACAGGACUGUUCGUUUGUUGGUUUUAUUUGUUUUGUUCAGUGUUCAAUUACUUUAUUAAAAAAAGAUAAACACUUACCACGCUG